AUGAGCCGAUUUAAUUGGGAAAAACUUGCUCCAAACGAGUUUACACAGCUACAAGAAUAUAUUUCAUAUGCACCAAAGAAAGUCAAAGACGUACUUGCCGAGCUAGAACAAGAUUCAUUAUGGUUAACUCAUAAACAUGAUGAACAACUUGAUUAUAAAGGAUUUAAACAAUUUCUUACUGCUUAUCUUGAUAAUACCGAACUUCCAGAAGAAUUAUGUCAACAUUUAUUUCUUUCUUUUAUUAAAAAACCAAUUUUAUCAACAGAGAAAGAUGGUGUACCAACUCCGGCUUUGUCAAUAUUACCGGCAGCGAUAAAAGUCAACCAUCAACCAAGUCCGAAUAUUGAUGGUGUAAACAAUAGCAAUAUUCCUUCAUUUCUCAAAUUUACUGAAAAAUUUCGAUAUCAUAAUCGAGAUGCUGAUACGUCAUUAAGGAAAGGUAUUUGUCCAACAGGAAAACAACAUCAACAAAAUCUCCUACGUCGCGCUGGUUCACACGAACAAAAUGAUACGGUAUCGCCAAAUAAUUCACGAAAUUCAUCACGUAAAUCAAAUCCUUCCAUUCAUUCAAUUCAUUCACUUCAUAAUAAUGUUACAUCUACCACUGGUGAUGAUAUAUGGAUUCGACAAUCCAUUUCCCAUUUACCGUUUAAAAUUUCUGACAAAGAAAUUAGCAAACAAAUCGAUAUUAAUUCGGCAAAAAUUUAUCUUAAAGAUAUUGUUUGCUAUUUUUCAUUACUUGAAGGUGGUUCACCCGAACAAAAACUUGAAUUCAUGUUUAUGUUGUAUGAUGAAGAUGAUAAUGGCAUACUGGAUAAACAAGAAACGGAUUGUAUUGUGAAUCAAAUGAUGAAUGUUGCUGAAUAUCUAGGAUGGGAUGUGACAGAAUUGCGUCCAAUAUUAGAAUCAAUGAUGAAAGAAAUUGAUUAUGAUGGAGAUGGAGAAGUAACACUUGAAGAAUGGAAAAAAGGUGGUUUGACAACUGCACCAUUAUUAGUAUUAUUAGGUUUAGAUUCGAAUGUGAAAGAUGAUGGAACACAUGUUUGGCGAUUAAAGCAUUUUAAUAAACCAGCCUAUUGUAAUUUAUGUUUAACAAUGUUAGUUGGAUUAGGAAAACAAGGACUAUGUUGCACGUUUUGUCGAUAUGUUGUUCAUGAACGUUGUGCGAACAGAGCACCAGCAUCAUGUGUCUCAACGUAUUCCAAAGCGAAAAAAGCCGAUUAUACCAUGUUGCACCAUUGGAUAGAAGGAAAUUGUCCAACAAAAUGUGAUAGAUGUAAAAAAUCGAUAAAAACUUACAAUGGUAUAACUGGUCUACAUUGUCGAUGGUGUCAAUUAACGUUACAUAACAAAUGUGCAUCGCAUGUCAAGCCGGAAUGCACAUUGGGUACAAAUCGUGAACACAUUUUACCUCCAUCUUGUAUAUCGCCCGCUGUUCUAGAGCGCCAGAAGACCAUAGCACGUGGUGGAUUAAAACGAGAAGAAUCUUGUUGUGAAGGAUCAAUACAGUCAUUUCAAAUUAAUCCUCCUUCAAAUACACAUCCUCUAUUAGUUUUUAUCAAUCCCAAAAGUGGUGGAAAACAAGGCGAAAGAAUAAUGCGAAAAUUUCAAUAUUUAUUGAAUCCUCGACAAGUGUUUAAUUUAAUUAAGACUGGACCUAUGCCUGGGUUACAAUUUUUUAAAGAAAUUGAAGAAUUCCGAGUUCUCUGUUGCGGCGGAGAUGGUACAGUUGGAUGGGUAUUGGAUGUGAUGGAUAAACUGGCUUUACGUCGUCGUGCUCCCGUUGCCGUGCUUCCAUUAGGUACAGGAAAUGAUCUGGCAAGAUGUUUAUCGUGGGGAGGUGGCUACGAGGGUGAAUCAUUAAAUAAAGUUUUAAAAAAAGUAUCACAAGCUCCUGUUGUUAUGCUUGAUCGUUGGCAAAUAGAAUUUUCGACAAGAAAUGAUACCGAAGAGAAGGGUGAUCCAAUACCAUACAAUAUCAUAAAUAAUUAUUUUUCUAUUGGUGUGGAUGCAUCAAUUGCCCAUCGAUUUCAUUUGAUGCGGGAAAAACAUCCAGAAAAAUUUAAUAGCAGAAUGAAAAACAAAUUAUGGUAUCUUGAAUUCGGCACAUCCGAAGCAAUUUUUUCAACUUGUAAAAAUUUACACGAAGACAUUGAUAUAAUGUGUGACGGAGUGUCAUUAGAUUUGGCGAAUGGACCAUCUUUGGAGGGUAUAUCACUCCUCAAUAUACCAAGUAUUUAUGGUGGUAUAAGUUUAUGGGGCGAAAGUUCGAGAAAAAAUCGAAAUAAAACUCAAUUAAGUUUUCCACGCAAAGAUUCAGAAUACUCUACCAGUAGUACGUCAGAAAUGACAUUUGUGUUGCAAGAUGUGGGUGAUAAACUAAUCGAAGUUGUCGGAGUUCAAAGUGCACUUCAUGCCGGAUCGAUCUAUGCCGGAAUUCACUCAUCGGCUAAACGUCUAGGCCAAUGUUCAACAGUUGUUAUUCGGACAAGAAAAUCGUUUCCAAUGCAAAUAGAUGGUGAACCUUGGUUGCAGCCGCCAUGCACGAUUUCGAUCACACAUAAAAAUCAGGUGCCGAUGUUAAUGGCACCACGAAAAGAACGUAAAGGUGGUUUGUGGCGUUUAUUUAAAAGAUAG